CGCGCCGCCCCGGUGCACGCGCGCGCGGGCUCGCGGGGGAGGCGGUCGGCCCCUGCCGGAGAGCCCGUCCCCGCUGCUCCGCCCCCUCCUCCGCCUCCGCCGCGGCCCCCGCCGAGACCCGGAGGGAGGGAGGGAGCGAGGCCGCCGCAGUCGGACCGCGGGCCCCGCCGCGCGAGCAGCCGCCGCGCAGGUGCCUGGAGGAGGCGCCGCGCCCGCCGCGCGCGCCCGCUCCCCGCGCUCCCCCAGGGCGGCCCGGGCCGAGGAGGCCGCCGCGGGCCCGGCCGCAGCAUGAACCGCAGCCACCGGCACGGGCCGGGCAGCGGCUGCCUGGGCACCAUGGAGGUGAAGAGCAAGUUCGGCGCCGAGUUCCGCCGGUUCUCGCUGGAGCGGUCCAAGCCCGGCAGGUUCGAGGAGUUCUACGGGCUGCUGCAGCAUGUGCACAAGAUCCCCAACGUGGACGUGCUGGUGGGCUACGCCGAUGUCCACGGGGACCUGCUGCCCAUCAACAAUGACGACAACUACCACAAGGCCGUGUCCACGGCCAACCCGCUGCUGCGGAUCUUCAUUCAGAAAAAGGAGGAAGCCGACUACAGUGCCUUCGGGACGGACACGCUGACCAAGAAGAAGAACGUCCUCACCAACGUGCUGCGGCCCGACAACCACAGGAAGAAGCCGCACAUCGUCAUCAGCAUGCCCCAGGACUUCCGGCCCGUGUCGUCCAUCAUCGACGUGGACAUCCUCCCAGAGACGCACCGCAGGGUCCGGCUCUACAAGUACGGCACGGAGAAGCCGCUGGGCUUCUACAUCCGCGACGGCUCCAGCGUGCGGGUGACGCCGCACGGCCUGGAGAAGGUCCCCGGCAUCUUCAUCUCCCGGCUGGUGCCGGGGGGGCUGGCCCAGAGCACGGGGCUGCUGGCCGUCAACGACGAGGUCUUGGAGGUCAACGGCAUCGAGGUCUCGGGCAAGAGCCUGGACCAGGUGACGGACAUGAUGAUCGCCAACAGCCGCAACCUCAUCAUCACCGUCCGGCCGGCCAACCAGAGGAACAACGUGGUGCGCCACAGCCGGACUUCGGGCAGCUGGGGCCAGUCCACCGACAACAGCCUCCCGAGCCUCCCGCAGCUGCCGGAGCCGAGCUUCGGGCCGGAGGAGGACGAGGACAGCGAGGACGAGGACAUCGUCAUCGAGGACAACGGGCUGCCCCAGCAGAUCCCCAAGGCCGUGCCCGCCGCCGCCGAGAGCCUGGAGUCAUUGACACAGAUCGAGCUCAGCUUCGCGUCCGGGCAGAACGGUUUUCUCCCCGGCAGCGAGGUGAGCCUGGCGCCCGCGGCGAGCGGCCCGAGCCCCGAGUUCGAGACGCACGGCCCGGGUCCGAAACUGCUGGAGGAGGACGGCACCAUCAUCACGCUCUGAGGCGGCCGCCCGCGGGGGCCGGGCUCACUGCACACGCCGCGGGCACGCAGGUACCUCCGCACGGCCGCGAGGAGGGGCAGCGCGCUGGACUCGGCCCCUCCCCCCGCCGGGGCACGCAGGGGACUUCGGGAAUCGGGAGCCUCGGGGGGUCCGAGGUGCACCCGAGUCCGAAGCUGAGAGAUCUCGGCUGGCGAGACGCUGUUUGGGGGGUUUGGAACUGGCCUUGCUGGCACAUGCUCAGAGCCCGCGCGGCCCUCGGGGGCUGUUUGGCAAGGGGGGGGUCUGCCCACUCCACCCCCGCUGGGCGGAGCCCUUUGACCCUGUCUAAGAUUCCAGCACGGAAAAAAGCCUCAUUUUCUGUCGGUACCUGGAGAACUGCAUCUUUUUUAUUUCUCAGCAUCUUAAUUUCCCACUUUCCAUUGUUGUUCUGUUACUACUUGUAACCAUAAUUUUUUUUCUAAUGCUUUUUUUUCUUUUCCUUUUUUUUUAAAAAAAACACCUUUUUCUGCUAAUUUCUAAGAAAUUAAGCCCUUUGAUUGUCUUGCUUUUAAGAGUUGUUUCCUGGCUGCUGAGCCUCGCAGCCGUGUUUUUGAGGGAUGACCGUGUAGCGGGCCCAGUUCCCGUCUGUGUGCGCGCCGUCGGUUUUACGGGCUCAUUCCGUGUGCAAAGAACUUCCGUUCUAGCUCAGAACCGUGGCGAGGUUGUCCUUCCCCUCUCUGUGUCCUCAUUUCCCAGGCUCUGCGGGCAUCAGACAUCAUUCCUUUUGGAGAAUGUGAGAGAGACAGACAGACACUGUGUGUGUGUGUGUGUGUGUGUGUGUGUGUGUGUGUGUGUGUGUGUGUGUGUGUGCGCGCUUUAUACGUUUAAUGUGUUUGAGUCGUUCAUGUGAAUCCUUUCUUGGGUAAAAGAUGCCCCCAAAUCACAAAGGUCUUGGGUUGUUUUUUUUUUUUCCUUUUUUUACACACAGGAUAAACUAGUGCACUUUUUAUAUAUUUAAUUAAAAAAUGGGGCUUUCCUUGAUGGGAUUUCUGGGAAAUCGCCUGCCCUGUACGAGAGACUCCAUCCUCUGCGCCCUCCCCGGGUAGACUGUGUCUCUGCUCUUUUCCGGGGCUGUCGAUUUCUCUCCUGGGGCAUCCGCUUACACCGAGCAGAGCCCCUCGCUUGGCCCCUCCCUUGCCGGCUCCAGGGGCCGGGGGCUGGCGCGUGCUGGCCCUGGGGACACGUGUGAGGCUGUGGGUCCCCGUGGGCAUCGCUCAGUUAUUUAUUGACCUCAUGGCAGGGCUAGCGUGGGCACCGUUGAAACCAUGAAGAAUCCAAUGACUCCGUUUUGAAGGAUAUUUGCUCUGUGUGCCGGAACUCUGUGAAAAAGUAAAGUCUCGAUUCAGUGACGCUCACUCGGCUCAAAAUACUUCGAUGUAUUUUGCUCCUAUUACCACUAGACAUGACCAACCACUAAACAAUUAACUGCACGACAUUAUGUACUUUUUGUUCAAUUCACUGACGUUCUUUAUUUAUAGACCACUUUUUUUCCCAAUGGCAUUCCAGCUUUACAUUCUGUGAGUGAUAGGAAUUGGACUCUUGAAUGACAAAAAAUAACGUUACUGGGUGGAAAAUGAAAUUUUAUUUAUAGGUGGUGCAGGGGUUCAACAUGUUAAGUAAAAAUACUUUCACACACUACCUCUUUUCUCGCUCUCUCUCUUUUUAAACAAAGUUUUAACAUCAGAACUUUGGGGUGAAAAUACUUCAGGGCUUGACUUUUUGUACAAGUUUUAACUGUAAAAAUACAGAUUUUUCUUGUGUAUAUUCAUGAAAACGGAAAUCAAAGUUGCUAGUGCUUUUUAUUUAUCCUGAGGGUCUAUAUAACCAAUGGUGUUUUCAAUUAGAUCUCAUUUAAAUUAUUUGGUAAAACAAUUUAUUAGAUGUAAAAUUAUCAGUUAUUUCCAGUGAACCUGUUAGCAAAGAUAACGGAUUCAGCCUAAAAUUUUGCAGUACUAAAUGUCAAGCCGACUGUGAAUUUUGUUCUGUAUUUUAAGUAAAUUUAUGAUAAUGUUCUCAUGAGCUAUCAACAAAAUACGUACUUUUGUGAACUAUGAAUUUUCUAAUUAAAUUUUACAUGCAACAAUAUGAUUUUUACAUGAAUGAAACUUUGUUUAAACUAUCAAAUGUCAGUAUUUUAAUACAAUUUUAUUAUAGAAUGUACAUUCUCACAAAAUGAACUUUGAUUUUUAAAAUCAAAUUAGCUUUAGUUGUAUAUUAUUUUUUACAAAUAAAGAUAGACUUGUAUAAAGGCUA